GGAUACCCAUAGACAAUCAUUCGUUAUUAUGGUGUCAAUGACGUUUGACCGCGUAGCCAAGUGAAAGUGUCACGUCAGUCGAAACUGGAAUUUCUGUCAGAAUUUAGAAACAAUUUUGGUGCCGUGUAUUUUGUGUUAAUUGUCUCAGGUUACCACCGGGAAGAUGGUUAAGCCUGCAAUUGGAAGAAAAACUAACAAGAACCCACCUAUUUUCAGUCACGAAUUUGUGAUACAGAACCAUGCCGAUAUUGUAUCAUGUGUUGUUAUGGUAUUCUUGCUCGGUCUUAUGGUACAGUCAACAAGUUCAAUAGCAAGUUUAUUCAUUAGCUUGCAUCACAAUGUCAGUGGAGUUGAACCAACAAGGGACUCGCCAAAAGGAGAAGCAUUCUUCUAUGAAGCAGGCUGGAAAGAUGCCUGUGCUGUUUUCUUCUACUCACUUGUGUGCAUUGUUAUGCAUGCAAUCAUACAGGAAUAUAUUUUAGAUAAAUUAUCGAAAAAGUUUCAUUUAUCUAAGUCAAGACUGAGUGCACUCAAUGAGUCUGGCCAAUUGGUUGUAUUCCAACUGAUGACUUUCAUCUGGGGAGGAGAUGCUAUUUUCCGUGAAGGAUUCUUGUUUAACAUUCCUCAACUAUGGGAUGGUUACCCAAACCACCCAAUGACCUUCCUGCUAAAAUUGUGGUGGGUAGUCCAAGCCGCUUACUGGAUUCACACAAUCCCCGAAUUGUACUUCCAAAGGGUGAAGAAAGACGAGUGGGCUGGACGCGUCCGACAAGCCGUUGUUGCCUUCACAUUUGUUACCUUGGCAUAUGCCUUCAAGUUCCAACGUGUGGGAGUGGCUCUCAUUGUGUUGCAUUCCCUUGCCGAGUUUGUUGCUCACAGCUACCGCCUCAACACCAUUCUUCGUGGUGAAAAAGAGGACUUCUUAGACAAAUUCUUGAGCCUGGUGAACGGCGCGGUGUUCGUGGGCGUGCGGCUCUGCUCGCUGGUGCUGGGCGUGCUCACGUUCUACUUCGGGCUCGCCGGCGCCGCGCCGCUGCUCGUGCGCGUCGCCGCGCUCUCGCUGCUCGUCUCCUUCCAGGUGUACCUGAUGUUCAACUUCAUUACUGAAACAAUGAAGCAACGCCAGGAGGCGCGCCAACUUGCGCUCAGCAAACCCAAGAAGGAGAGGAAAGACAGGCCGAAGAAAGAAAAAGUUAAGAAAGUCCACAACGAGGAAUCGGACCUGCCCGAAGUAGACCAGAACACGAACAAGACUCUUCGGCAGCGACAAACCGCCGCCGCUAAGAAGUAAAGCGGCACACAAACGUCGUUGUAGGAAACAUACAACAAAAUCAUCUGAACAUUACGUACUUUUAUAACGAAACAUGUUGACUUAAAAGAAAUUUUAUUUAUAUUUGUUCCUAUUGGUGUUCAAUUUGAUUGACGUUUGUUUUACGCGGGAGCGAUCGCGCAUACAAUAAUCUAAGACUAGGUGAUAAAUAAAAUGCACAAAAUAUUAUAUGUAAGAUUUUUUUUAUCACGAAUUGUUUUCUGAAAACAUUGAUGACAAUAAAGCUUUGUUUCAUACUUUGUUUCCUAUUUAUUCUUUAUCUCUCCUCAUUAAAAUUAAGGCGCAAUUCUCCCGCGUAAAACUGAGUCAUUAGCAGAAAAAACAACAUUCGCCCAUAUUAAAACUUCUUGUUUAAAAUUUAUUAUUUAAAUUCCAUAAAAAUAUAUAAAAUACCCGUGGUCGUAAUCCGGAUAUAUUUUUCAUUCGAUAGGUUGUACUUCCAUUAUUAUGUGUAGUGUAUAAUUUAGUUUCUGUAUUCAAAAUACAAAGUUACUAAUUGUCGAAGCACAAAAUAAAACGUGUAGCAUUUCUAUAAAUAUUCCAUGUAUUGUGUUAUAUUUUAAUAAUAUAUAAUAAACGAAGUUAUUAUUUAAUGAGAUUCUAAAUGUAUGUUUUAUUGUGUAGUUUCAUGACAAUUAUUAAACGCCCAAUAUACGUGAAAAAACAUGUUUUAACUACAAUGUUAGACUAAACAUUAUUGUAAUAAUGUAUAGAGGAUACAGGGUUGUAAAAUAUCUCUUUAAAAUGUAAAAAAAACUAAAUGUUUAGGUUAAAGCGUUGUUUUAUAUGAAUAUAUUGAUAAGUACCAAUACGAAACUGUGUCUGAACACGAUAAAAUGUUUCCAUUCGAUUAUUUUGCAUAAGUAAAUAUUUUUAUCAGAAAUUCCAAUAAAAUGCUUUUUAAAUUA